AUGGACCAGAACGGCAACACAUUUUCUGUGAGGCCGCAGCAGCUGACAUUCGUGGAAGUGGGGGAGGAGGAUUUCAAUGCCGCUGAUCUCUCCUCCUUCCUCUCCUCCGUCGACUCAUUAACGGCGGAUGAAUCACUCCUGGAGAUGGUGUGGGAGAUGUUCCUUUCAGAGCAGCCCACAGUCACAACACAGGAAUUUGCAGAGAUCGCGUUUGGGGAGGCUGAGGAUCCGCUAGUGCCGCACUUUGCCGCCCACCGCAUGCUGACUGCCGACCGCAUCUUCUUCAAGAGAGUCCGCGGUGCCGCCCACUCCUUUGAGCUGCGCCCGCCCGUGCAGGUGGAGCAGCUAAGGAAGCAGGCAGCAGCGGAGGCGGCAGUGAGAGCAGAGCAGGAGGAGUUUGUGACCUGCAUUCGAGAAGCACUGGGUCAAGAGACCUGGUUCCUACAGGCGAAUGUAUUCCUUACUCCUCUCCCCUAUCCCAACAGCUGUGUGAUUAUCUCCAAAGCAGCCUGCGACCUGCUCGUUCGUGCUGGCGCCCUUCCACUCCACUUCCACUCCUUCAUCUCAUCUCUCUUUCCGGCCCUCUCUGCCCCUGCCUCCCACAUUCUCCUUCUCCCUUCUGCUCCCUCCCACAAGGCAGCAUGUGACCUGCUCGUGCGCGCGGGCGCCCUUCCACUCCACUCCCACUCCUUCACCAUGUCUUCCUUUUCCGCCGCUCUGCCCAUUCCCCCCAUCAUUGCCCUUUUCUGCCUUCAAAUUGCGCAGUCCCUGCAACUCCUCGGCUGUGUGAGAACACCAGAAGCAGCAUGUGACCUGCUCGUCCGCGCGGGCGCCCUUCCCCUCCACUCCCACUCCUUCCGCCUCGCUGCCUCUGCCAUGCCCGGAAGCUUUUCAGCAAGUGUCGCCGAUUACUCUGCCAGUCUCGCAGCAAACCCCCCGCCAGACCCUGAUCAGAGCAUACGUGUCGAUCUGACGCAUCUCAAAGUAUACACCAUCGAUUCAUACGAUACAGUAGAAGUGGACGAUGGGUUGAGUGCAGAAACCCUGCCGGACGGCCGGAUCAAGGUCUGGAUACACGUGGCUGAUCCGAGCCGUUGGAUGAGGCUCGGCGACAGGCUCGACACGGAGGCUCGGAAACGAGCCACGUCCGCGUAUUUUGCCACAGGAGCUGUGCCUAUGAUCCCGUUUUCUCUUGCUGCUGGUCCCAUGAGCCUCUCUCUUCCUCCUACUCGUCCUCCUCCUGCUGCUGGUGCUGAUGUUGGUGCUGCUACUGGGGACUCUGCUUCCGCUGUCGUCUGUGCGGUCACUGUAGUAGUCACACUGAAUCCCGAUUUCAGCAUCGAUGACGUGGACAUCAUGAAUUCCUUCAUCUGCCCGACUUACCGCCUAGCCUACGACCAGCUGCCCGAAAUGCUUGCAAUGGCGGGAGAACACGAACCAGAGCUCCUCCUCCUAUCAGACGUUGCCGCCGGCCGGUUACGUUACCGCAUGCAAAACGGGGCGGCAAAUAUCGCCAUACCUGAAUCCGACAUCAAAGUCUUUUCCGCCACGUCACACUGCCCGGAAAUCUCGGUCAGCACGAUCGACCAGUCCGACCCGUCCCGGAGGCUCGUGUCCGAAGCUAUGGUUCUCUGCGGCGAAGCUGUGGCUAGGUUCGGCGCCGAACGUGACCUGCCGCUGCCAUACCGAGGCCAGGGGCCUCCGGACCGAAUGACAGAUGAGGAUGAGGAGGAUAUGCAAGCGCUCCCUGAGGGGCCAUGCAGAGCUGUACAUUUGAGAUCGUUUAUGAGUCGCAGUGAGAUCAAAUGCUCUGGGCCGAUUCCGCAUGCUGGGUUGGGACUGCAGGGCUACGUGCAGUUCUCGUCGCCCAUCAGAAGAUACUCUGACCUGCUGGCACACUACCAGGUGAAGGCGCUUUUACGGGGUGAGCCGCCUCCGCUAUCUGUAUCAGAUCUCGACACGAUCGUAUCGCACUGCGCCGCCCGGCAGCGCGAGGUGCGGCGGGCAGAAGGCGCGGUGGAGCGCUACUGGCUGCAGGAGUACCUGCGGCGGCUGCCGGCCAAUACCGUGCUGACAGCUGUCAUGCUCAAGUGGCUCCGGGCUGACGGUAGCCCUCUGGCGCUGAUGCUGGUUGAGGAGGUGGGGAUGGAAACAGUUAUGAAGAUGCAGCGGGAUGUGCGGGUGGGUGACUCAGUGGAUGUGAUUAUAGCAGAGGCGGACCCUGCAAGGGACAAGCUGAGGCUCCUAGAAGCACCUCCCAGCUUCAGAGAGGCGCAGAUGAGAGGUUUGGGGGAUGGGGAGGAAGGAGAUUUUUUAGGUACUGUUGCGGAUGGGGGAGAGGAGGGAGGGCUGGGGUAUGUUGGGGAGGAUGGGGGAGAGGAAGGAGAUGGGGAGGGGGAGAGCAGUGGAGAGGCAUGGGAGGAAGCUGGGGAGAUGGAGGUUGGGGCUCAGCCACUCGCGAAGCUGUGA